AGCGGUGUGUCAGAUGUGGGCGGGCAGAGAGUGCAAAUGUCUCGCCCAGUGGGAGGAUCAGCUCUGUGUGAUGUGUUUCAUGGGAAAAACUGCAGUGUGUCUCACAGAGAGACUUUAGGCUGAGCACAGGGACAGAUCAGCUGGACACUUCAAUACCACGAACUAGAGAGCAUCUCAGUCUGCUGACAGUGUUGUAUGAGUUUGAGAGGAGCGGAGCGUCAUGUCAGAACCGUUUGAUUGUGACGGCUGUAAGGAGUCUCUGUACGGCAGGAAAUACAUCCAGGUAGACAACGUUCCCCACUGCGUCCCCUGUUACGACCGUCUGUACGCAAACACCUGCCAGGAGUGCAAAGAGCUCAUCGAACACAACUCACGGGAGCUGUAUUAUGAGGAGAGGCAUUAUCAUGAACACUGUUUCCGCUGCUCGCGCUGCAGCCGUUCUCUGGCCGACGAGCCGUUCACCUGUCAGGAAGACGCCCUGGUGUGUAACGAGUGUUACUGCAAUGAGUUUUCCUCUAAAUGUGUGGCCUGCGCCAAGACUGUGAUGCCAGGCUCCAAGCGGCUGGAGUACGGAGGCUGCACGUGGCACGAGGAAUGUUUUGUUUGUUGUGGCUGUGAGCAGCCCAUCGGCGGCCAGUCCUUCAUCCCAGAUAAGAGCGAGUACUACUGCGUGCCCUGUUACGAGGGACGAUUCGCCCCACGCUGUGCCCACUGCAAACAGAUCUUGGUUCAGGGUGGCGUUACGUACAGAGACGAGCCCUGGCAUAAAGAAUGUUUCUUGUGUACGGGUUGUAAAGUCCAGCUGGCCGGACAGCCUUUCACAACACAGGGUGAAGAUCCGUACUGUGUGAAGUGCUUCAGCAACCUGUACGCCCAAAAAUGUGCCGCCUGCGACAAACCCAUCACAGGUUUUGGAGAAGGGAAGUACGUCUCGUUUGAGGAUCGUCAGUGGCAUCAGCCGUGUUUUCAGUGUUCAGAGUGUUCGGUGUCUCUGGUCGGCGCUGGAUUCUUCCCUGACGGAACAAAGAUUCUCUGCAAAAGCUGCAAUGCCAAAUAACUGAAAACUGCUUCUGUUGUGCUGAAGAACAGACCUUUGUGUAAUAGAAACACAUUCAUGAAACGUUUGAAUUUUAUAGUUUAAAUAAUGAACUCAAAUAAUUUGAACUUAACAUGUUUCAUGCCAAAGUCACUCAGUUUCCUGAGAUGUUGUUGUUCUCAUCAUUGUAGUCCUACUUUGCAUAGUUUUGAUUUUACAUUUGAGUAAUUUUCCAUGUGUUUGCAUUAACAUCAGGCCUUUAUAUUCCCUCCAACAGCAACAUUCCUCAAUGAAAUUUACAUUUGAACAAAACACACCCCGACCCAAAUGACUGUUCAUAUGUGAAAGUGUUCAGUGAGACAGGAUUGAAUCAUGUAAUGAAGCAUUAGAAUAUGGACAGAAAAUGUUGUUGUAUAUUAAACACAGUGAAUUUUUAUUUUCAUUCAUUGGUGCAUUAAAAUAGUGCACUGUAAAAUUUCACAAUGUAAAACUUUUAAUAAUUCUCACAUGAAAUAUUCACAUAUUAAUAAUGUUUUAACAUGUGGCUUGCUAUUUGUGUUGCUUUCAAAUGAAUACUUUUAACUUUUUUUUUCAAAUGUUUGAUGUAUUUUUGCAUAAAAAUGGCUUCUGUAAAACCGUC